AUGACAGAAUCUACAGAAGCCGCCCAGAACGAGGCUGAGGCUCCGGACAGCUCGGACAAACCUCCGCAUCCAACAAAACAACAACGAGUGAACGGUACCAAACACAACCGCUCUCCCUCCAAGGCCCACGCCGCCAUCGCCGUCGCUGUCGCCGCAGUGCACGACAUUGCCACUCUCAUGCCCAACGGCCACGUCCCCAUCCCCCCGCCAGACUCCCAUUCCUUCUUCAAGUCCCCGGGUCACACCCGCCGCAGUCUCGAGGACCUUCACAAGUUGGAGAAGCUCACCCUCGAUGCUCCACCCCCGCUCAAGCGCGAUUCGUCAUCCACCACGGGCUCCAUGACGCCCUCGUCAGAGUCCCCGUCCGUCUCCGAGUGCGAAAGCUGGAGCGUCCCUUCUACCCAGCCCCCGAGCAGAGCCCCCAGCAUGUCCUCGGGCGUCUCUGGCAACAAGCUCGUUUCGCUACCCAAGCCGACCAAGCCGGCGAAGACCAAGGAUCACUCACCGCCGUCGACGGCCCUGUGGAUAUCUCCGACCCCAUCUGGGGGCGAACCGCAGUCUCCGACUACUGCCCGCGCGAAGAGCCCGCCUUCCGUCCACUCCGAGACGGGUGGACAGAAGUUCACCCUCAAGGACCUGCUUGGCGCUCCGAAGCUCGCUAGGAAGUCUUCCGCGCGCUCCACCGGCAGCAGCAGGAAGUCGGACUCGGACAACGAAGGCCGCUCGACGACGGGCAAGAGUACCGCGAGUCUGCUCAGGAAGUACGGGGUCUGCGAAAAGGUCGCCAUCGGCAAGGGUGCUACCUCCGUCGUUCGUCUCGCUCACAAGUGGGAUCGCAGUGAGGAAAAGCUCUACGCUGUAAAGGAGUUCCGCAAGCGGAGAAAGAACGAGACGGAGAAGGAGUACGUCAAGAAACUCACCGCCGAGUUCUGCAUAUCGUCGACGUUGCACCAUGUCAACAUCGUCGAGACCGUGGACCUUGUCCAAGACGAGAAUCAGCAUUGGUGUGAAGUCAUGGAGUUCUGUCCUGGAGGUGACCUCUACGCAGCGAUCAAACGUGGGGGCAUGUCGCCGAGCGAAGUCGAGUGCUGCUUUAAGCAGAUGCUCACCGGAGUCGCGUAUCUUCAUAGCCAAGGUGUGGCCCAUCGUGACAUCAAACCCGAGAAUCUCUUCUUCGACACGAGGGGCCAUCUGAAGAUUGGCGAUUAUGGUGCUUCGACUGUCUAUCGCCUCCCCUGGGAGUCGACGGUGCACAUGUCGACGGGGCUUUGUGGCAGCGAGCCGUACAUCGCCCCGGAGCAGUUCCUGGGCAAACCAUAUGAUGCGCGUCUCGUCGACGUAUGGGCUUGCGGUGUGGUCUACUACUGCCUGCACUUCCAGGAGCUCCCCUGGACGGUCGCGCAGCCGACGGACCACCUCUUCGCUGCGUACGCCUCUGCAUGCCAGACUGUGAACGGGUGCCCACCGACGAUCAAUAACCUCUCGCCCCGCGCGUGCCGCCCGGUCAUCAGGAAGAUGCUCGAGCCCGAUCCGAAGCGUCGCGCGCUGAUUGACGAGCUGAUCGCACACCCGUGGGUGCAGGGCAUCGAGGUCUGCCAUACCAUGGCGCGCCCGACGCACGUCCACGUCAAUGCGACGAUCAUGGCGCAGGCGCAGGUGCAGAUCGUACCGUAG